AUGCGAGCGGAGCUGCUGACCUUUGACCUGCAGAGGCUGGCGACCCUGGCUGCGGCUCGCUCUCUGGAGCUCGGCCCCUCCUCCCCCGUCCCCGGGAGGCCCUGCCACGUCCGCAGAGCCUUCAACCUGCGCAGGGAGUGCAGCUGGACUCCCCGCCAUGAGCCGGUGUGCCCGGUGAAGGGUGCUAUGGACAGGAUGGACAGCCAGGAAGUGGAGAUGAGGAUGAGGCUGGCUGACCUGCAGAGACAGUACAAGGAGAAGCAGAGGGAGCUUGCCAAGCUGCAGAGGAGGCACGACCACCAGAAGGAGGAGAAGUCCCGCAGCCCGGCUCGGAGGGGUCCCGGCAGGCCUCGCAAGCGCAAACCUGCCCCCGGGACUGUCAACACCCCUGGAGAGGGAGCGCGGAGAGUCAAGUCAUUGGGUGCGGGGCUAGGGCUGCUGUGUGAGGAGCUGGGAGGAGAGGUGAAGAGGAAGAAAAAUAAAUUGUCUGAGUUUGAGCGGCUCGGCACAUCACAGGUGAAGGCUCGGUGCAAGCAGCCCGGAACCCAAGUAGCGCUGAGCUCCAAACAGGCCCGGAAAGCGUCACAACUGAAGCAGAAUGCCAAGGUGCAGCGGAGGGGCUCUGGUGGUACCCCGUUCCGCAGGAGAGAGACCCACACCCCCAGCUCCGCUCCCCCCAGGCUGUCGAGGGGCCAGGGCACCCCCAGAGCCGAGCAGAAACGAGUGGCAGAGAGCAGGACCCAGACUGACACAGGGGUCAGUAUGGACAACGUGGCUCAGGAGAGCUGGGCAGAGAGGGAAACCUUCGAGAUGAAGAGGAGUGGGAGGAAGGACGGAGCUUCCCUGACGAGGACGACCUCUGCCACAGCAAGCCACCAACCCCCUCGGAGACCAGUGGCCAGGGGGCGGGGCCGCCCAGGAAGCAGGCAACCCAAACAGGAAAUGGUCACAGAGAAGGAGACAUCUCGAUCGGAGAGCGAGUCUUCAGAGGAGGAAGAGGAGGAUGAAUGGAGCUACGACAAUGAUGAAGAUGUUGAUGACAUCAUAGCCCCGCCUGCCAAAGACCCCACCCCCAGCACAGCCCUGUUAGGUCCCUCACCCUCGUCAGUUGUUAAACUGGAAGCCAAUCAGAAAGCCAAGAAGAAGAAGGAAAGGCAGGGCCUUCUGGGGUCAUUGCAGCUGCCGGUAGCAGAGGGGGGGGAGGGAGAGGUGAAGGUGAGGAAGCGCACCCCCUCCAGGCUAGAGAAAAGGAGGAAUGAGAGCAGGGAGCGAGACGGAGAGAAGCGAGCCAAAGGGCUCAGGCAGCAGCAGCAGGAACAGGGCUGGACUGACCCCAGUGCCAGGAGCAGUCUGUAUCGGGCCAGCCCCAGGGUCCACCCCUCCAGCACGCCCAGCGAGAGGCUGAGGAAAGCCACAAGGAAGAACAAAACACUGCAGGGAUCCUCCAAGCAGAAGAAAAGCAGUGUGCUGGGAGGGGCCCUGUACCCACGCAGACUGGAAUGUGUCUCCAGCAAGGGCAAGAACAACAGCAACUUCAGGAGAAAACCGCUGAAGGGCCGGGCGGUGAGUCGGUUGCUGGAGAGCUUUGCUGCGGACGAAGGCUUCCAGAUUGACGAGGACAGCAGCUUCUCGGAGGAGGAGGAGGAGGAGGAGGAGGAAGACGGGAACAAGAGCGCCCCCCUCUGCUCGCCCCGGGACAGGAGCAGCACCCCAACUGUUCCUAACUGUACCCUGACGAAAGAGUCCCUAGUGGACGGGCUGAAGGUCCUAAUCCUGAAAGAGGAUGAUCUACUCUACGCUGCCUACAUCCACACACUGCAGCCCCCCGACAUCUACAGCAUAAUGAUCGAGGGGGAGAGAGGAAACCGGCCAAGAAUCUACUCCCUCGAGCAACUCUUGCAGGAAGCGGUGCUGGAUGUUCGGCCGCAGACGGAGCAGGAGCUGACGUCAGGAACCCGGGUUUGUGCCUACUGGAGCGAGCGAUCGCGCUGUCUGUACCCGGGCUACGUGCGCAGAGGGGGCCCAGGUGAGGAGGAGAAGGAAGGCUCUGUCAUGGUGGAGUUUGACGACGGAGACAGCGGACAAAUCUCACUGUCCAACAUCCGCCUGCUUCCCCCAGACUACCAGAUCCAAAGUACGGAGCCACCCUCCGCCAUGCUGCUCUCCAAUGGGAGGCGGAGAUGCCGCAAGGCUGCCGUAGAGAAGACUGUGCAAGGGUACUCUACUCAGCGAGCCUCCCCAGAGAGACAGAGCCACACAGAGCCCGGCAAGACCCAGGGAAGGAGGACCGCCAGCAAGGGAAAGACAGGUAAUGAGAAGACAGCCAACUCAGGAACAAAAAGCACAGCUCCAGGAAGCCUGUGUAAAAGCAGCAGCAGCAGCCCCCUUCUGAGCUGGCCCGGAGUGGCGUUGCCCAAAAAGAGAAUGCCCCACAAGAUGAGCAUGGGCCUUCAGAACCUGUUCCAGCUCAACGGGAACCCCAGGAAGAUAUCCAAAAGCAAGGAGACGUGCAGUGGGGGCUUCACCCUGCACCCACUCUCCACGCCUCCCUCCACCUCAGCCAAGACCAUCUUCAGCAGCUCCUUCGAGGUAGACUCCUUCAGCAGCAUUGCCAAUGGCUACUCCAGCUUUGGGAGCCAGGCAGGGCUGCCCCUCAGCCCCAGGAACAACACCUCUUCCCGGGGAAAGAGGCAGUCGUACGACGGAGGGCAAAGAGGGAGGAAGGCCAGCAAGGGAGCAGAGUUCCUGGUCAAGCUGGACCACGAGGGUGUGACCUCUCCCAAGACCAAGAAUGGCAAGGCUCUGCUGCUGCUGGGGAGCACGGGGAGCAACGGCAGGGUGGAGAAAGGUUUUGGGGCCAAGGAGGUGGUGGUGGUGGAUGCCUCUCCUGUGGGAUACACUCACCCCGUCCUGCUGGUGAAGGACAACAAGAAGGGGGGUGGGAGCAGGGCGGACCUCCUCCUGAAAGGGGCCGGCCAGCUAUGCAAGCCCCCCGCCUCCUCCCUUGGGCUGGGUGAGUACUCAGAGUUCGGGAUGAACUGCGACAGCGACUGCCACAGCUCCUACUCGGACAUGGACGAGGAAGACGACGAGGAAGAUGAUGAAAGAAACACCAGAUUGAGGAACGCCGGCCGCUUCCUGUCGCAGCUCUCAGUCUCCUCCACCUCCUCUGUGUCUUCCAGCUCCUCCAGCUCUGGCUCACUCUCCAGCUCCAGCCUGUGCUCCUCCGACAACGAUUCCUCCUAUAGCUCAGAGGACGAGGAGGACUCCACCCUGCUGCUCCAGUCCUGCCUCUCCUCCCACCCCUCAGUCCCCACCGCCCUGCUGCAGCCCCCGGAGCCGCCAGCCAACGCUGGCUCCUUCGUGGCCAAGGCCAUGACAGUUAGCAACAGCAAGCCACUAAAGAGGAAAGAGAGCCCCAGCUCCUCCUCAAAGACAGCCAAGGACCUCGCCAAGAGGCAGAGGCUGCUCUCCGUCGACAACGGGCCCAAGAUCUCCAACUUUCUGCCUGCCAGGCAGCUCUGGAGGUGGUCUGGGAACCCCACUCAGAGGCGAGGCAUGAAGGGAAAGGCCAGGAAGCUAUUCUACAAGGCGAUCGUGCGAGGGAAGGAGGCAGUGCACGUGGGAGACUGCGCUGUCUUCCUGUCCGCUGGCCGGCCGCACCUCCCCUACAUCGGCCGAAUCGAGAGCUUCUGGGAGUCCUGGGCCAGCAACAUGGUGGUCAAGGUCAAGUGGUUCUACCAUCCUGAAGAGACCAAGCUGGGCAAGAGACACCGCGACGGCAGGCACGCCCUCUACCAGUCUUGCCACGAAGACGAGAACGACGUGCAGACCAUCUCUCACAAGUGCCAGGUGGUAACCCUUGAGGAGUACGAAUGCCUAAGCCAAGGCAGGAAGCACCACAAUGGCCAGGACCUCUACUACCUGGCCGGGACCUACGACCCCACCACAGGUCAGCUGGUCACUGCCCAGGGGGUGUCCAUCCUCUGCUAGCAGCCACGGAGACAAGUGACCGGAGACAACAGCCGAGGACUCCGCCCCAGCCACCACUCUCCUCUGAGAAUCGGUGUGGCUGCUGGAGUUCUAAUGGAGAUGGGUUGGAUUGUAUGGGGUUGACUAGAGGAGAGUCAGGGUCGGCUUGGUCCACUGCUGCAGCAGAGCUUACGAGAGCUAGCCCAGUCAGACAGAGGCCCCACAAGGGCCGUGCAGCCCAGUGGUAUCCGAAGCACUUGAGGACAGUUGGGAGAAAAGAGUGAGACUUAAAAAAACAAAUAAUCCUCUCAAAAAGACACACAUUUAGUUUGUGUUUUGUGGAGGCAGCAAGCACAGUUACAGUUUCACCUCACCCCUUCAUCUUCUCUCUCAGUGAUUGUGUGAAGACCUGGUAUACAGAUGUUAAGGCAUCAUGUUCGUUUUACAAGUAGCCUAGAAGUAUCACGGCUCUGUUCUUGUAAUUGAUUGCUGCAACUGGUAGCUGUUGUACCCAAAGUGCACUUCAGAAACAGCCUGGGCUUUUGAUCCUAGCCAGGGGAACACGCCCCAUCACAGUCAGCCCUUCCAAAGCCCUCCUGCAUGCCUACAGUACUCAGUACCAUGGCCAUGCAUACAACUGUAAACCUUUAGCACUCACAAAAGAGAAGAUGUGUUCUGAAGAAUUAUUCAAGCGGUCUUUUGGCGGCGAUGACGGGCAAUCAUGAUUUGGAAUCCUCAGCACCUGAAAAAAACAUCCAGCACUUUGAUCGAGCGCUCCCUGUCAGUCUGUCAUCCAAGGAAAGCCAUAGGGGUUCUUUCACAGGAGGGUGGGUGGGGAUUUGAGGACAAUUGUUCAUCCAAAGGUUUUCUAAAUAACUUUCAUCAGAGAAUCCCAGGACUUUUUUUUGUAGAAGAAAUAAAAUAAAAAUUUGCUUACAAGUUGGCUGCCAAAGUAGGUGUGCCGUGCAGCUGAGAAGAAUGGUAGAAUGGUUACUUCAUAUUCCAGAGAAGGAUUCCCUGUUGGAUGUGUGUAUUCAAUGGGUAGGACAGGGGUAAGAGGAGUCUUGUAUGUAUGUACAUUCAUGCAUGGACAGCUUAGGUUUUCUUCAGGGGUGGAACAGUGUGGGUUAGGGACUGUGCUUCAGCAGGAUUUUAAAUAGAGAAUUAUCUCCAGACCUCAUUUUGAUGUUUCCAGGGAUAUUUUUAUCAUGCAGUAAACAAAAAAAAACAAAAAAAAAAAAAAAGAGGAAUGAUGAUUUUCUAAUCAAGCCAUACACUUACCUCUGCCUGUUAUCUGAAUCAGGUGUAAACUGUACAGAUCAUUCAGUUUCUUCUUUGUGUGUUUGUAUGUAUGUAUGUAUGUAUGUGUGUGUGUGUGUGUGUGUGUGUGUG